GGAACUCAGCGUCCAAGUUUCCCCCAGGAGACCUCGCCCCCUCGGCUCUCCAGCCAAUCAGCAGCACUCGUGUGUGCGGCCACGCUCUCGGCUUUUCUCCCCAACAGGUGACGGCGGCCAGAUAGGCCACGGGCCAGAUGUGGGGCGUGAGGGCCCAGGUGUUGUUUCGGCUAUGGGGGUUGCGGCCCGCAGGGGUCCCCGGAAGGAGGGUGUUAAGCUGCCAUGCUGCGUCGGAAGAGGGAAGCGGUUCGGCGAGGUGUUGGAACUGCGGCAGCCCCGGGCGGGGGGACGGGUUCUUCUGCCACCAGUGCCGAGCGCUGCAGCCGCCGGACCCGACUCGAGACUACUUCAGCCUCAUGGAUUGCAACCGUUCCUUCAGAGUUAACACUACAAAACUCCAGCACAGGUUUCAGCAACUACAGCGUCUUGUCCACCCAGAUUUCUUCAGCCAGAGAUCUCAGACUGAAAAGGACUUCUCAGAGAAGCAUUCAACCCUGGUGAAUGAUGCCUAUAAGACCCUGCUGGCCCCCCUGAGCAGGGGACUAUACCUUCUAAAGCUUCAUGGGAUAGAGAUUCCUAAAGGGACAGAUUAUGAAAUGGAUAGUCAAUUCCUCAUGGAAGUAAUGGAAAUCAAUGAAAAACUUGCAGAAGCUCAAAGUGAAGCUGCCGUGAUAGAAAUUGAAUCCACUAUACAAGGUACAGGCGUGCAUUUCCAUGCCCCGUUGAAAGUCUACAUUCAUGUUUGGUUGACUCAACUGCUCUGGAGGCCCAGGGUGAGGCAGCACAUCAUGGCAGAAGAAUACAGUGGAGGAAGCUACUCCCCUCAAAGAAACCAGGAAGCAAAAAGAGUGACCCACAAUGGCCUAAUUGCCUUCCAUUAGGCCUCGCCUCCUAAAAGUUCCACCAUUCUCCAAUAGGCUAGUGACCAAGCCUCUAACACAUGGACCUUUGGAAGAUUCUUAUCCAAACUAUAGCACUCCUCCUAUCCCUUUUUUUUAAAUUUGAUUUCCUACAAUUUUAUAAACCUCAGCGAUUGCCUCUCAGACCUUCCAUGGGCUAAAAAACAGUGUAACCUGGUAUAGUGGCACACACCUAUAAUCAGUAGCUCAGAAAGCUGAGGCAGGAGGAUCACAAGUUCAAAGCCAGCCUC